AUGUUAUCCACUCGUCAUAUAGUAUCCCAUUGCCAAAUUAGUCGUCUCGGGUAUCUAGUAAAGAAUCAUGAAUCAAUCAGAAGAUAUUGUGUGGCAAAUAGUGCGAAACCAACAAAAUACUUUGAUCUGAACGAUCUUAUCAAAACUGUUAGCAUCACAUACAACACCGGGAAGGAAAUGGACCAUAUCACCACAGUGGAGUCAAAAUAUGUGGAUGUCAAUAACGUUCCCAACACAAAAGGAACCGUCGUCACGUUGUCAGGAUCACCCGGAACUCACAACGACUUCAAGUACAUGAAAUCUCUGUUUGAAAAGAAAAAUAUCCGAAUGAUCUGCACCAAUUAUCCCGGGUCAGAGUUUGUUACCGGUGGAUUUCACAACAGUUAUACCAAUGAAGACCGCAAUUCGUAUAUGAAAAGCUUGAUGGAGACGUUGGAUCUCCAAAAAGUCAAUCGACUCAUUAUAAUGGGUCAUUCAAGAGGCGGAGAGAACGCUCUUCAACUGACAAGCCAGUUAUCGGAUAGAAGUAGUUGGCCGUUAGUGGGGGCAGUGAUGAUCAAUUCACCAGGCUUUGCACCGCAUAAAGGAAUCAGUAAAAGAAUGGGUACCAUAAACUUCAUCAUAUCUUUGAUCAAACGGCACAACAAUACAAUUAACGCAAUUUUACAUCCUAUUCUGCAUUGGUUUUACAACAACGUUAUCGGUCUCCGCGUUUCUCAUGGAAAAGUCGCAGCUGCCGCUAUUUUGCCGAUGCAAACAUUUGCGUUUGACCAGCAAAAACUAUCAAUUGAUGACCUGAGACAAAAACCAAGGAUUCGAGUAUUCUACGGUUAUGGUUCCAAAGAUUUCUUGAUUGAUGAGCACCAAUCUAACGAAGUCGCCAUGUAUUUCGCCAAAGACAAUCACUACGUGAUUCCGGAUAAAACAGCAGCUGAGAAGGCUAGUCAAGAAGUGCGGAAAAGUUUCAAUUCGGGAAAAAAGUUUGCUACUGCUAACUUCACAAAAGAAGGACAUUUCCUGCAGAAGACAUACCCAGAGUUUAUUGUCGAAGUGGUGGAUUCAAUGUUUGAAGCAGAUGCUAGUAAAAAAUAA